AUGUGUGUAUGGAGAACUACAAGUGUUAUUAUAAUCGCUAUGUUAGUGGCCGUAUCAGCGAUCGGUGAAAGGGCAUUGAGGGCUUGUAAGAGCUACGGCCAAUCUAUGCUCGAAUGUCGCAACGUGCUCCACCCGGCUUCGAAAGUGAGGGUGCCAAUUGAUUUACUUCUCUAUCCUCAUAUGGUUUUGAUCGGAUUUCGUAUGAAAGCCAACGAUCCUCCGGCUUGGAAAUGUGGUGGAUCUUUAAUCAGUGAAGAAUGGGUACUGACUGCAGCGCAUUGUAUUGAAGAUCCAAUGGAAGGACCGGCUAGUGUGUUACGCAUAGGAACAGCAACAUUUGAAUUCGAUGAAGUCGAUGGGCUCGCCCAAGAAAGAGACAUAGCUCAAGUAGUACCACAUCCUAAGUAUAAACCACCAUCCAAAUAUCAUGACAUCGCACUAAUAAGAAGUAAAACGAAAUUCAUUCUAAGCAGGCAUAUAAGGAUUGCCUGUUUAAAUUUAGACCACGACAUUAGGAAUGUCAAAUUAACAGCUAUUGGAUUCGGUACAACAGCUUCAGGUCUGUCACAUGGAAGUCAAACCCUAAUGAAAGUUGACGUUGAUAUCAUAGAUAGUAAAAUUUGCAAUCGUUCUAUGAAAUUUUUGGUCAAGAGAAAGAUUUUGGAACACGGUAUAACUGACUCUCAACUCUGCGCCGGAGAUUAUGAACAUGGGGGCAAGGAUACUUGCCAGGGUGAUUCUGGAGGACCCUUGCAGGUUAUGGAAGAAAGGGUGGAUUGCAUUAAAACUUUUCCUUUGCACAAAAUAGUGGGCAUAACAUCGUUUGGCAGGGACUGUGGUAGGAAGAUGUCUCCGGGAGUGUAUACUAGGACCUCUAAAUAUAUAGACUGGAUAGAAAACGUUGUCUGGCCGUAUAGUUACAAAACGUAA